AUGUUUGAUAUUGGACCACGUCAUGAGACCCCAUCAUUUACGAUGGAGAAGAGCAGCGUGGAUACUGACAACAAGAAGCAUAGGCCGACUCCUCUCCACGUCGCUCUCUGGAAUGGGAACUUGAAUCAGAUCAAAGAAUGUCUGCAAUCUGGGGGUCCAGCGGCUCUCGAGACGCGCGAUAAGCGAGGAAACCGCGCAUUGCAUCUGGCGCUGAAGUUUGCACAUCGUAACUCCACAGAGAUUGUCAAGUCUUUGUUGGACGCUGGUGCUCGUGUUCGUUCACGCGAUACUGAAGGUUGGAAGGCCAUUCACCAUGCCGUGGUGGCGGAAAACGAAGAGAUCUUGCGGCUUCUCAUUCGCAAAGAAAAAGAGCAAGCACCCGCGCUGCUACAGAGAAAAAUUGACGAUAUUUGUCCUCGCGUUGCCGAGAUUCCCGACUUCUACUGUGAGAUAAACGUCAACGUUUCCACUUGGGUUCCUGGUGUAUCUCGCUGGCUCCCUUCGGAUACGGUAAAAAUUUGGAAAGCGGCGCAAGAUAUACGCUUUGAUAUCACCUUAGUAGGCUUUGUCAGUGGCAAGUGGGACCGGGGAGAUUUAUCGUUUCUUCUCUUGGGCUCCGAUAGAAGGUUUUUGUGCUUGGACAAUUCAGCAAAAACCUACACUGAUCUUCGAAAGGUUAACACAAAGCUAACCGAAACGGAUCUGGACUUAAUGGUGCACUUUUUGAUAACCACUUCGAUUGUCACAACCCAAUUCGACGCAUCGAAGGUGAAGAUUAAUAAAAAAACUGCAUGGUUGUCUGCUGAACCAAUGCUACAAGACAUUAGUUGCUGGAAAGAUACUCAUGUCGCUGAUAUGAACGGUGUUGAAGUCUCGCUUCGUUACCGUAAGCCUCACAACCCGAAACACCCCCCUCCACAAGCAGCUGACGAGCACUCGACUGUGCGUGAUGCAGUAUCUGUGUUCACCGGAGCAAAUCAUGCUGAAGAUCACAAUACAGAAGUGAAGAUUCAUCCGCAGUCAAAUCACAUUGUAACUGUCUAUCUCACGACAAAUGAGGAAUUGGCUUGGACCUUUUCGACUGACAAGCGUGAUAUAAACUUUGGCGUUCAAUUUUUUGAGGAGAACAGCAGAGAGAGAUGGAGGGACAUUGUUCCCUUGCAACGCUUUCAGGCCCAUGUAAAAGAGCAGACUGGUUCAUAUAAGGCUUCCAGCACAGGAACGCUUGUAUUGACAUGGGACAACUCGUACUCAGUAAUUCGACCAAAGAGGCUAAAGUUUGCUGUACGCUUAGUCAGAGAAGGGGUCGGAGAUAUCAUUGGAAAUGAAGAUCGGAGACCACAGCAAAGAGUCAAUGAAGAAGCAAUGACGUUUCAAAAGUGGUUCGGAGUUUCGAUCGAACAUUUGCCCGCGUCUUUACGUGAGAUGCGUCCACAUCGUUCCAUAAAGGUGCACGCUCAACCUUCAUGUCACAAAAUUACGAGGUCAUUUCCAGCUACUGUCCAUCUAAGCGACCAAUUCCCCCUCAGUGUGUCAGAAUUUCUUCCAGUUAUCGAGGUUCUUUCGGAAACGACAAGUACUUUUGAAAGCGUUCAGAAAUUUUUCUCAGCGGCGCUGACAGACGAGUUUCCGGUGCAAUUUUGUUUUCCACUUCUACCCUCGAUUUCGGCGACAUUUCGCUUCGAUUGUAUGGAGCUAAAAACACCAGAACGCUCCAUCUUCGCAGUUCCCAAACAUUACGCCAUGCUUGUAGAGGGUAUGCUUUCGCCGCGUACACGCCAAGCGGUGCUGCAGCGCCUGGCAGUCACAUGA